AGGAGUAGCCGGAGAGACACUACCAUCUGGGGCGGCCCUAUGGGGGUUGUGUGACUAGCAUUUGUGUGGGAUAACGAUAUCGAUACAGGUUUACAAGACACUUCACUGCCCACUGUUGAUGGAUCACCCUGACUCUGCUCCAUCGUUUCUCCAUGGGGCUAUGCAUGGAGGCAGCUUCCCUCAAAGGCACCACUACCAGUCCUCCCCAUCAUGCCCCUUAGCCUCUCACAGCAGCCUGAACAGGGCCAACAGACCACCACAAGGAGAUGCCCACUGGCCUAAUGGCGGACCCACCACCACCACCAGUAGUGCCCCCUUCCUCCUCCUCCACCACCCCGGGCCUCGUCACGCUCAGCUGCUGGCCGGACUCUGCGCCACCACGUCGUCAGGUUUGGAUGCCAACGGUGGUGGUGGUGACACUACUGGUGCCUCGUGCCAACAGGUGGGGGGCCCUGGACUUGGACUGUCUGCUGCCCUGAAGGAGGGGCUCCUGCUUAGGACCCAGGGGAUGGGUGGACGUGAAGAAGACCCUGGGUUGAGAAUGGAAGAGGCACAGCAAAUACGCACAGCAACAGGAGCAUCAAAACUCCACAAAAAGAAGCACAGCAGGCCUACCUUCAGCGGAUACCAGAUCUUCGUCCUGGAAAAAUCCUUUGAACAGAACAAAUACCUGUCGUCAACGGAGAAAAAGCAGCUGGCCCGAUCCUUGGGGAUGGCCGAAUCACAGGUGAAGGUGUGGUUUCAGAACCGCAGGACCAAAUGGAGGAGGACAUCAGCAGCACCAGGAUCAGACCCGGAGGGCAGAACGGCCAGAGCACGGGUCACACCUGCUGCUGCCCAGGUCAGGCCUCUGCCGGACGGGGAAGACGACAACAAACCGCUUGACCCCAACAGGGACGACGACCGGGUUCAAAGGUUACUCAGGCGUCACGGUCAGAGCCACCACAGCCCCCCAGGUGAGAUGUCAGUGCUGCAAAUGGAAAAGGCGUUUACUACACACUUCUCACACUGCAAAGAUGUAUGAUGCAGGGUUUGGUUGGACGUGGAAGUGAAUGCCUUCGUGUGGGACAGUGGAACUUAGGAAUAGGCCUGCCCUGCACCAUACUGUAAUGGACAAUGACUCUGGACAAUCGAUUCAACUUGAAAAUACUGUACGUCUAAUCUGAUUGGGUGGACCUGAAAGACAAGUGCCUACAACAGCCAAUCCAUGGCUAUAACUGAGGUAAAUGGUGAGGCCUGGUAUAAACGCUGUAAAGAUACAGGGUGCAUUCCAAUAUGCAACCUUGCAUCCUCCACUUGGGCUUGUGGCCUCACGUUUUGCUGUUGCCCUGCCUCUGUGGAGAAAACAGUUUAGUGUUCCCGCUGUCAGCCUUACCAAAACAAUUUUUGGGAGACUAUUCUUCAUUUACCAUCCUGUUUGAAAAUGAGCAAAUGACUUUACAAUUGAGCUUUUGCGAGAUAUUGAAAUACAACGCGGUUGUAAGUGAUGCCAUCACGACAUAUUACUUCCUGGUACGAGGCCACAAGCACAAGUGGAGGAUGCAAGGUCGCAUAUUGGAACGCACUCAUCCACAGUGAAACUGAAACCAAAGCAUCUGAGUCCCAGUGUGGAGGCUGACAUGAGGGGCUUGGUAGUGAACACGAAGCUGCAUCUGCGUGUCUUUGUCAGAGGGCACUAGAGCGUAAUUGAGGGUGUGCACCACAGCGGUAGAAAAUAACACUAGAGGUGAUCCCGCCCCCCCUUUUACGGCAAUCUGUAGCGGCCAUUAUCUGUAGGUAGAUCAGAGAAAUGGAAAUUAACGGAGAACAAGGCUCACCUCUGUCAAAAAUGGCUUAAUCAUGUGAAAAUGUCCAUCAACACACUAUACAAGGACAAUAGUUGAAGUGUGUUGCUAACUAUGUUCAUAAAAGAUAUUUGAUUUUUAAAUGUAUUUUAUCGACUCAUAUGAUUUAAGUAGAUAUUUAGCCUGACAUUUCAAAUCUGGUCUUUGAUUAAUGUGUUACUUCAUAUUCAAACAGUUUUAGUCAUUUUUUGACAGGGGUGGGCGUGUUCUCCAUUGACUUGCAUUGCCUGAAGGAACCUACACUACCUACGGAAGUUGGGAAGCUCCAUCUGCCAUUUCCCAGUGCUGUCCCAAAUUGCUGUGUUAUUUUCUACCUCUAUGGUGUGCACUUUCAGACGAGGAUCCAGCCAAAGGGCUUGAGCGUCUUUUGACUUUGUGGAUGGAUUACAAUACAGACAAUUUGUCUUCUUGCUUUCUAUUCAUAUGUCCACAUAUACAUUUUGGAGCAGCACAUAUUGGGAAAUAAAAGGAAUAAAAGGAUUUUAAAAUAAAAGAAUUCUGCAAGGCUACUAUUUGCACUAAGGAUGGUCUGGUGACCAAACACAUUCUGCACGUGUGGGUAGACUAUAAAAAAUACCAGCUGUCUCAGAAUUCAAAGUUAUUAUUUUUAGACUUUAUUAGUGAGGAUAGUCAAGAGAGAGACAGGAAAGAGAGAAAAGGGAGAGAAAGAGACGGGGAGGCAUCGGCAUAGGACCUGGGCCGGAAUCGAACCCAGGUCAGCCGCAUAGCAGACGAGUGCUCUAGUCAGUGCCGCAGUAGGGCCAGAAUCAAAAUUUACUUUAAAUCCUUAUUGUAAGUUGUGUGAAGCUUUGAAUUGAAGCU